UUGGGAGAUCAGACACUGAAGUCUACGAGUUCAUACCAGCCGGUUUUGAGCGAAGUGACAGAAGAGGCAGAGACGAUGCUGAGCUGCCGGACUUUCCUCCCUUCCCGUCGGUGGCAGCAGCCUGUGCACACACUGUGGUCCGCUCCACUCGCUGUCUUUGAGCCGCUCGAGUGGCCCGCGUGGGAACAGGCGGAGGAAGCGAGACCGGGCACGAACUUCAUGGAGCGAGUUGUCGAGGAGCUGGCGAGAGAGUUCAGGGGGGAAAGAGCAAGGAAUGAUAAGCAGAGAGCCGAUGCCGGUGGAGAGGUUCAAGGGAAGACGGUGGACGAGGGUGGAGAUGGUUUUUCUCUGUCCCUGGAUGUGCUGCGAUUCUCCCCGGAAGAACUGAAGGUGAAAGUACUUGGAAGAAAAGUGCUGGUGACGGGAAAACACGAGAAGAAGAGCGAGGACGGCAGCGGCUCUUACAGCUACAAAUACGAAGAGUUCAGGAGGGAGUUCCAGCUGCCAGAAGACGUCGAUGCUGAAGCUCUGAACUGCUGUUUGUCCCAGGACGGUCGGUUAAAGGUUCGAGCCCCACGCCUGGCGCUGCCGGCUGCGGAUGAGCGAGGCGUCCCCAUCAACGUCGCCUCUGAUACAACAACCAGUCAGCGGUUAAAUCCCGGUGGAGAGGCGCAGGAGCAAGAGAGUGGGAACGCUGUGGGGAACAAGUCAUCGGCUGUUCAACAAUGAGCACUCUUCCUGCUCCUUCACAACGACCAUUUCCCGUUGGUUGUUUACUGUGGAGCUGAACUUUGUGCAAACUUCUGCAAGAGCAGCAAAAUAUAUAACUCCUUGACUGAUCUAAAUCGCUGCUUUAAUUAGCAUUUAACAAAUUUUAUACUUUAUUGUGUAAUUUCCAUGUGUGCUGUAAUAAAACGUGUUUGUAAAUGGAUAA